AUGAAGUCAGAAGGACAAGACGAAGACCGAAGACCCGAAAGAGAAUAUGAAGACCCGAAGGAGAAGACGAAAAACGAAGACCAUAAGAAGACGAAAAACCAAGACCUGAAGAAGUCGAAGACCGAAGACCCGAACGAGAAGACGAAAAACAUAGACGAGUCCCAGAAGGAGAAGACGAAGUUCGAAGACGCGAAGGAGAAGAUGAAAACUGAAGACUCGAAGAAGACGAAGACUAAAGACUCGAAGGAGAAGACGAAGUCUGAAGACCCGAAGGAGAAGACGAAGACUGAAGACCUGAAGGAGAAGACGAAGACUGAAGAUCCGAAGGAGAAGACGAAGACUGAAGACCCGAAGGAGAAGACGAAGGCUGAAGACUGA